CGGACUUUUGGUCAAGGUGAGACAGGUAGACCUGGAGUAGGUUUUAAUCUAACAUCCGAUGGGAAAUAUGAUACGGUAAACAAAAAACUGGCAAAUGUGGCUGAAGGAACUGCUUCCAGUGAUGCCAUAACAAAACAUGAACUUGAUACAGCAAUGAUUGAUAAACAUGAUAAUAACCAGAACAUUGAUCUUAAGAAUACUUACAAUGUCAUCAACAGCAAACAGCAGACGUGCAAUGAAAUGAAUGGAAGUAGAAAUGCUCUUGUGUGUUAUGAGAAUAUUCGGGACGUUUUCGUGAGCGGUAAGGAAUCUGUUUUUCCAAUGGCAACUUAUUUGGAUAUGGGAAACAAUUAUAUCUAUAAUGUUAAUUAAGACAUCCAUCAUAUGGUAAACACGGAGUAAAAAAAUCUUAUGUUGAUACAACCUUUUUGAAACUAUCUGGUGGUACAAUGACUAGCGCAUUGUAUAUGAAAACUACUUUACAAGUUACUCUUGAUGAAGCACUAAAUGUUAAAACAGUAACAGCUUAUUUUGUGCAGAUAAGGAACCCGUAUGUAGAUACCCGAUUCAAUAUGGUCAAUCAUAAGAUAAUCAAUCUCGGAGACCCAACUAGCAAUAAAGAUGCCACAAAUAAAGCUUAUGUUGAUACUAACUUUUUGAAACUGUCUGGUGGCGAUAUAACA